AUGGCCUUGGUGGAGCAUUCAAAAAUUCUUGAAUUUCUCGAGCUUGUUGGUCGUUUAAAGCACAUCAAGCGGACUGGUUGGGUUAUCUGUGAUAUUAAUGACUGUGAAACAAUAGCUGGACAUAUGUAUAGAAUGGGACUUAUGACAUUUCUUUUAACUGAUGAAAAUAACCCUACUAAACUUGACCGUUUUAGAUGUUUACAGAUCGCGUUAGUCCAUGAUUUAGCAGAAUGUAUUGUCGGUGACCUUACUCCCCAUUGCGGUGUACCACCUGAUGAAAAACACAGAAGAGAAGCAGAGGCUAUGAAAAAAAUUGCAGAGCUUACUGGAAUAGCGGGUGAUAAAAUGUUUGACUUGUAUAUGGAAUAUGAAAAUCAAAGUUCACCAGAAGCUAAGUUUGCAAAAGAUCUGGAUAGGUAUGAUAUGAUUCUUCAAGCAUUUGAAUAUGAAAAAAGGGAGAACUCUCCCAAACUCUUGGAAGAGUUCUUCACAGGAACAUAUGGCAAAUUUGACCAUCCAUUCAUUCAAGAUUUGGUUAAAGAACUGUAUAGGCAAAGAGAAGAAUUUGAGAAGAAAACAUUAGUUCAAACUUCCAGUGCUUAA